GUAGCUUUCAAGGCCAAGCAGUAGACAGGGAGCGCUUGUGAACGUCCCGACCGCCGGGUUGUAUCAUCGACGUAUGGGAGAGGGGAUACGUCCGGAGGAGGGAAUCGAUUGUUAUGAUAGAUCAUCAUCAUCGACGGAAAAGGAGCACGAGUUCUCGACACGUGUCGCGCGCGAGUUCAACAUAGAGGUAUUGGACCCGCUCACGUCCGAGGACUUUGCAUGGCUUCUUCUCCCGACCACGGGCCGCUUGCCAGGACCGCAAUGCGCACCGCUAUGCGCUCAUCUCCACACGUACUUAUCCUUCUAUGCACCACCAACUUCGUCGACGGAUGACGAAGUCGCGGUGGGGGACAUCCUUGCGUAUACCACCAAGGUGGCCUGCGAGUUUUGCACGCAGCGGUACGAUGACAACAACGCACCGCUCAUGUACGUCCGCAUCCAGGUUGGGCAAGCGUCCUGCAACGCUUUGCUGGAUGGCGGCGCGUCUCACAAUUUCAUGAGCCAAUCCCUUAUGCAAAGGGCUGGCCUUGGCGCACAAGUUCGGAGGAAGGCAAACCCGACGACGAUGAAGUUGGCGGAUGGAAAGACGCAGCAAUUUCUCGAUCGUUACAUCGAGGCCGUACCGGUUUAUUUCGCACCUCAUGCAUGCGAACCGGUGACGUUCAAUAUUCUCGACACGGACUUGGACAUCGUUCUGGGAAUGCCUUGGCUUGCAAGGGCGGAUCACACGCCCGAGGAAAUCGGCCUAUGUUUCCUACGAACCGUCGCGGUAGCCGACUCUUCACCCACGGACUUGUCUUCGGACCCCCGGGUGGUGCGGUUGAUGGACGAGUUCACCGACAUCUUCGAGUCACCUAUCGAUGUGGUGCCGGAUCGACCGAUCUCUCACGAGAUCGUUCUUGAGGCCGGUGCCGUGCCGCCGAAAGGUUGCAUCUAUUGGAUGAGCGAGGAGGAGCUUGAGGUCCUCCGCCCACAACUCGACGAUUUGUUGGCCAAGGGCUGGAUCCGCCUUAGUAGCUCCCCAUAUGGAGCACCAGUUCUCUUCGUCCGGAAGAAGAACAAGGAUCUACGAUUGUACGAUAUUCUCGUCUAUAACCGGACAUUGGAGGAUCAUCUUGGGCAUAUUCGACGAGUGUUGGAGACGCUCCGCGGCGCCAAGUACAAGGCCAACCGCGACAAGUGCGAAUUUGUCUGGCAAGAGCUGGAAUACUUGGGCCAUUUUGUCACACCGGAGGGCAUCAGUCUGCUAUCGGACAAGAUUCAAGCCAUCCAAGAGUGGCCGGAGCCUCGGAACGUCACGGAUGUCCGUUCGUUCCUUGGCCUUGUCGGCUACUACCAGCGAUUGAUCAAAGGCUACUCGAAGAUCGCGGCCCACUUGACCAAGCUUCAAUGCAAGGAUCGACCGUUUGACUUCGGAGAGGAGGCGCGGGAAUCAUUUUUGGCUCUCAAAGCCGCGCUAUUAUCAGCGGAGGUCUUGCGCAUAUACGACCCGCUUUUGCCUACGCGCGUCACUACGGAUGCGUCUGGCUAUGGCAUUGGUGCCGUUGCCGUCCUCGAGCAACAUGAUGGUGUGGACUGGCACCCGGUUGAGUAUUUCAGCAAGAAAGUGCCCAUCGUGCAUUCCAUUGACGACGCACGCAAGAAGGAGCUCCUCGCCUUCGUCCACGCGCUCAAGAGGUGGCGGCACUUCCUCCUUGGUCAAAGCCAAUUUCGAUGGGUAACGGACAACAAUCCAUUGGUCUUCUAUAAGACCCAAGACACUGUCAACAGCGCCAUCGCUCGAUGGAUGGCUUUCAUCGACCAGUUCGACUUCUUUCCCGACCACAUUCCGGGGAAGUCGAACCAUUUUGCGGAUGCUCUUUCACGACGUCCUGAUCAUUAUACCGCGGUCUACUCAACCUUCGAGAUCGACGAUGACCUGUGGAACAGCUUCAUCCGCGGCUACCAAGCCGACCCAGAGUUUCGCGACAAGAACUCUACGCAGGGUGGUGAUGGCUUGAGGUUUGUCUUUGUACUUGAUGUUAUUAAUCUUGCACAGUUCCUUCAGAUCCGUGUAAUGAAGCCGGAGGAGUUGUCUAGUAGAUCUAAUGACAAAGCUCUCCAGGGUGUUGUAGAGACUGUGGUAGAUUGCGGUAACACCAUACUGUGGACUGUCUGGUCGGACUAUGCUCAUGCUCGGAACGGUAAUAAUGACUUCUUUGGAACCAUUGUCUCCUAUCUCGAUAUCGGGAAUGAACUGAAGGAACGAAUCCUAAAGGGUCAUGAGAGUGAUGCUAUUUGGAGUCCUAUCAUCGGGACCCUACGAAAGAACCCUGAACUAUUCCCUGAGUAUCGAAUGACUUAUGGCUUACUCUUCUACGUGGAUAAAACCGAAGAACGAUUAUGCGUUCCUCAGCAAGAACAAAUCAAGAGUCUAAUAAUUGGGGAAUGUCAUGAUGUUGAGGGUCGCUUUGGUUUUAAGAAGACGUAUGCCGAUGUCCGAGAACACUUUGAAUGGAAAGGAAUGAAAGAGGAUGUACUAACGUAUGUGCGGACUUGUCUUGUCUGUCAGAGGAACAAACCCGAAAUGGCAACAGUCAGUCUGGUUCCGUACAAGAUACGAGUCAACGAGGUGGGACGAGAGUUAACGGAGAUGCAGGUCCCUAAGUGAAUGAAGGUUGUCCAGUUCUUCAAUCAUGAAGGGUCGUCCUGGAUCGGUCUACACGAUUCGGAGACUGCACAGGAGCAGACCUUUAUGAAACUCGCUGACAAUAGGAGACUUACACGUUCGGAAGCAUUAAGGGUUCCGCACGUGUUCAGGACCUUGGAUGAGGGAGAAGAAAGACGGCUUCGUGCCGAAUGUAGAGCCCGUGCUCUAGCAGCAGGACUACAGGAAGCAAACAGAGUAGCAGGAGAGCGGGCAACAGCAGCUAGAGCAACAACAAUGGCUAACGGUACCAGCUCUGCCGCGUCAUCGUCUGCGUCCUCGUCAGGGACUAGUGGGACUCAUUUGGGAAUGCCACUGAGUUCCACAAGUUCCUCGGGCACUUCCGGUUCAACAGGGUCUAGACAGUCUUCUAGUCAAAUGGCGGGCUCGCAGUUCAGCCCAUUGACCCCGCGUGAGAGGGAGCUCAGAGAGAUCCAACAGGUCGAGAGGCUCCGCCAGCACUUAGAGGAGGAUCUGAAGAAAGCAACCAAUAGAGAAAAAGAGAUAAAAAGUAGAGCGGCCAGACUUGAUACGUUAGAGGCUGACAAGGCUGCGUUAGAGGGAUUGGACGAAUCGAGUUUGUCUGACACCUUGAAAGUGUUGAGGGACAACAUGUUGUCUCUGCAUGCGCACGUAGACAGCAGGAUGGACUUCAUGCAAAGCACUUUGGACCAGAUUCUGGAUGCACUGACAAAGCCAGGAUUCCGGCCACCAGCACAAUCGCCGUUGCCGUUAAUGGCGAUGUCAGGUCCCUUUGCCGUACAAGCUGGCACACAGCCGAGUGGCACAUCUGCAGCAGCAGCACAGACUGUUGCAUCUUCUUCUUCGGGUCCAGUGGUGAUUGCUGCAUCACCACAACAACCUGUUCAGCCAACUGGACAGCCGCAAGGUCAAUGGUAUCCCAAGACCCCAAUGAAACCGCCUCUUGCCUUCUCAGGCGAGAGAAAGGACGAGGAACUCAACACUUGGUUGAGGAUAGUCCCGGUUUGGGUGAAGGCCAAAAGGACCUUGCCUGAGGACGAAGUGGUAACUGCGGCGUCUUACCUUGAGGGUAAGGCAGCCAAGUGGUUAGAUGGUGUAGUUGUGAAGGCCGGGUACGGGAGACGCAUGGCAGAUUGGGCUAAGUCUUUGACUUUAGACCAAUUCAUGGAGAUGGUAGAAGCUCGAUGGCAUAACCCACAGGAGGCUCAAAGGGCCACUGAUGCCAUUAACAAACUGGACCAACGCAAGUUCAGGCAAAGGAACAAAAAUAGUGUACUUGCUAAAUCUAUCGACUACGACCAUGACUUGGCUCUUGCCGUGCCUACUCUUGACACCAGCAUCCAUAAAGGCAACCUGAAGAAACAGAGCCGACGUUUCACCAUGGAGGUGGCAAGGGACUCCUGCUUGCCACUCCAGAGUUUUCAUGAUCGAACAGCAGUUGGAUCACAUGGCCAGGGUUGGUCCCCCAAUGCCCAAACUCAGGCUGCCAUGCAGUGCACGAUCAACAGGAUGAUGGAAGAAGAAGCAAGCAUCUCCUUCAAGACGCUUCUUCAGCUGGUGCCAUCAUUGUGCCAGGAAGUGCGAUCUCACCUUGAUACUCUAGAUGCAGCGAAUGCAGGUGGGGGGGCUUCUGACAACUGGCAAAAGAGAUUGACGACAUUGUCACGUGACCUGUUAGUUGAUGCAGGAGGAAACAUUGAUGAGCAUGCCAACCAGGUGUCGGGAGGACUUGUCCAUGGCGAUGCCUCUUCGUCCAGAGCCAUUGGCCAACAAUCAGCAUACCUAUCAACGGGACUGGAGUCCAAAUUGCUUUACAAUAUCAUUGAGCAGAUUUGGCGCUUGAGGGAAGGCAACAUGCCGUUUUAUAUAAUGGCAGAGAUAUCACCUCCACUUAGGCAAGUAUUUAGAGAUUUUUUAGAUAAUCUAGAGUUUCCCGUGAAACGGGCUAGAAAAAGGGUUAGUUUCCAUGUCAAUGAGGGCAUGCCACCCACGGUUCAGGAGAGAAGUAGGGGAGGUAGCCAGCGGAUUGAUCCGGUGAUUGGCAGUAGACUUAGUACACUGUCAUCGUCAUCAUUGUCAUCGCCAGCAUCAUCAUCAUUAUCAUCGUCUUCAUCUUGCAGUGGUAGUGAUGUUGGACCCAGUAGAAGGAGAACAAUUCCUCUGUCGUUGCCGAGAGCCCCCCAACACAUGUCUGGCCACGUGGAAGAUCCAACUGCCCGACCUGAUCAAGGUGCCUCUUGUAGUCAUCGAGAUGGUGACUUCGAUCUUCCUGCCCCGUCACAAGCUGAAAAAGUUUCUGGGACAGUACCAUGCUGCUGGUGCAAACCCAAGGAACUGAGCCCCCAGGCAACCCGUGCUGGCGGCUCGGCUAGUUGGCUUUGCACCAGGCGCAUAGGCACCAGUGGCCAGAGGCUAGGUCCCGAAGCAGCAAGGGACCGAUUGCAACUGCAAGGAACUGGGGAAUACUCUAGCUUGCGUGAUGCAUGCAAGUCAGAGCUUCAGGACCACAUCCGAGGCAGAGGGAAGUAUCCAGUCCAUGGUGGGAUAGGGGCCGGGAAAGGUGGAAGGUUCAGUGGAACUGGGAGAAGAGACUGUGCAAGGCUUGCUGCUGAAGCUUUUUGUGAGGGAGCUUCCUCAGGCCCUCAGCUCGUCUCACUGUGCAGAAGUGAGCAACCAUCACAGCAGAUGCAUGAUUGCAUGGGAUGCGAAAUUCGAAAUGGAUCAACAGGAUCGUUGGAUGGAAAAGACGGUGAUGAUGUGGGUGAGGUUCUAGGUGAGGUUCACAGCAUCAGAGCAAGCAGGGGGGGCCAAAGUCUUGUCAAAAGCAGCAGGGCGGAAGUUGUGAAACUUAUGGAUAGGAUGCCAUCAGAUGGGAGUGGCAGUAGGAGUAUUGAUGCCAAUGAUGAUGAGCGAAGGUAUGGAUGGGGGUAUUGUAGUGACAAUGACGGAUCAAAUGUUGAGCACAAGAACAAACUGUACGCAUAUGUCAGUGACACUGGGCAUGACGAUGCCGUCACUUUCAGUCGGGACAGGCAUUCAAUGGCUGGCAACAGUGGCCAGAAAGAGACAGAGCUGGGGCGUCCACUGACAGAUAAGUACACAAGGGAGCGAUGGAGAGGAGGAGAGACAGUACUUGCAGGAGACCCUUCUGUCUCUUCUUCAACGACUGGUGGAAGUAGGAAGCAGGCAUAUCUGGGUUCUUCUGGGGCCGAAACAAGUGUAGAACUGGUUGUGUCUGUUCUUCACGAGAGUCUUUAUGAAAGACUUUGUGGUGAGUGUCAAAGCAGCAGCAGGUCUGGAAACGAACAUUUGCGGCAACCUGAUGGUUCACAGGAUGGAGGGCAUUAUCUCCAGCAAGCCGCUAGUGAGAUGCCCCUGAACACAGCAACAGACCUUGAUAAUGGUUUGAGGGAGGUGUCAUCGAGGAGUGAUGAGCUUGUUAAAGCGGAGCCAAAACCAUGUAGCAGUAGUUGGGACGUCUUGUCCUGUCAAGUGAAAGCUGGUGUCCCCUGCAAGAUCACGCCACAUGCGCAGCAGUUGGAAGAGGAGGCAACCAGGUCUUCAUCGAGCUCUAUGGUCUCCACUUGCCCAUUGGAGAGUGAGGGAGCUGGUGUGUGGUGGACGUGGGCUGGUGUGGGGCGCACACGUUAUCAAGUCAUGGCUGCUAUAGCUCAGGGUGUCUUCAGGACCUUGGUCUCCAGGACACUCGUUGACAAGUUGGAACUGGGGAGAUCCCUUCACACAUGCUCGAGCAUGUCCAUGGUACAGAGAGAGAGGCCAUUUAUGCCAGCCAUAAAUGCCAGGGAGUUGAUUGAAGGUGUUACAGUGACUAUUGGGGAGCGUGCUGUCAUUGUGGAUGCGCCAAUCUUGGAAACACCAUGUGGCUUUGAUGUCAUAUUGGGCCGUGAUUGGAUGGUAGCCGUGCGAGGAAGAUUGUGUCUUGACACUAGGCGCCUUGUUUAUGAGGUACGGCUAGGCAGUGGGAAGUUCGAUUCUGUGGAGAUGGGAUUUGAUCCUGGUGGGUGGAAGUGGGGAGUUCUUAGACGGACGCCAGAGAAAUACGGGGGUCCACAGGAUAAGGGAUUCAAAGGCUGGGAUGAGGGGCCAGAGAGAGAGAGAAAGGAUACAGAUGAUAGCGGUAAAGAGUGUAUAUUUAGUGGUGAAAAUGGUGUUAGAAAGGGAACCAUGGGGAUGGAUCGCUCACAUCAGUUUUUUUCCAACGCCAUCAGUUCCCAAUCAAGAACUGGGAGAUUAGGAGAUAAUGACGAUGGUAGUGGUGGAGGUUCCACAAGGAAACUCCAAGAUCGCACAACAGAUGGUUGGGAGGAAUCAAGAGGAGGCAGGAGGUCAUGGAGUGGCAGCAUGAGCCAUGUCGGGAAAGAAGAACAAGAACAAGGAAUCAGGGAAGGAGAGGUGCACCAAAGAGAGGAGGGAAAGUUGAAAGAAGCUGGCUCUGGGCGAUGGAAAUCAGCUGAAGGAUGUGGAGGAGCAUUGGUUCCUGCAUGCUCGUGGGGGGUAAGGACUAUUAUAGACGGAGGAACCGUAGUGACUGGCCCAGUCCUUCUCAUCGCUGGAGUGGGGGGUGAAGUGGAAGAUGCAUGGCGUAAGGAAAGGGAGUGCUUCUUGAGAGGUAUAGGAGCAGGUCGAUGGGUGUGGGCCGAAGUAGCAGGGAGGCCUGUGAAGGCUGUAGUCGUCCCAGCAGCUGCUCGCACAAUCGUUGCUCUACAGCUCAUCAAGAGCGCCGGUUUGGAGGAUUUUCUGGUGGGAUGUGACUGCCAGUUUGAAGGGAUACUUGGUGAUGAGUUUGCUGCAGCAGGUUUGAUUCACACACUGGAAAUUAAGGUUGGCAGGAAGAUUGCUGUCACAAUGGAGGCACCAGUGAUUGAUCUGCUGUGCUUUGACAUCCUCCUUGGAUGCGAUUGGAUGGAGAAAUUCAGUGUGGAGGUCAUUAGCGGCUCCAGUGAAGGCAGGGAAGGUGCAGAGGACAUGCUCAAGUGCUAUGUGACGGGGAAGGAGGGUAAUGCCAGUGAAGCGGGGAGUGAUGGGUUUGAAACUGUUCGUCUUUAUACUGACCUGAGUAGGUAUUAUAGUUUAUGCUUCCGAGAAGUUGGUACGGGAACCCAACCUGAGAUGGUAUUUGGCAGCCAGGUUCCUUGGAGGCGAUUGGGACUGGGUCUGUUUGGCCUUGGCAGUGGACUGAUGGGGGAGUCAAGUGAGGCAGGGGGUGAACUGGUCCUGAGAAAUCAAGGGUCCAGAACCCUCUGGUCUUCAGGAAACCUAGCAGGUGGCGGAGAAGGAGGUUGUUGUCUUGACAACAUAGAAAGAGACCUCAAGAGUGGCACUAAUGGAACCCUUUGUGUUUGCAAAGCGAUAACGACAGGGCUACGGGCUGCCAUCCAGUUACAUGGUGCAGAUGAUGAUGGAGGUGAAGAACCUGGUAUGCUGCCAUGGCCGGUGGAGAAGGCAAGUGGUUGCAGCGGAUUUGUACAUAGUGUAGGGGAUUGCUGCCAUCAGAUGCAGACACACGGACAAGGAGCAAGUGCAGGUUCUUGCUGCUUAGCUGCACAACAGCCUCCACUGUUGCCCUCCCCAGUUCUCAGCGGAUGUGAGGAUGCUGUAGCAGACAUUCCAGACAGGAAAACAGCAGCUUCCAAGGAAAAUGAACAAAAGGAGAGCGCAGGGUGGUACGAUCACAAUUGUCGGGAGAUUCUCUUGGAUGGGGCAUGGGAAGGGCUGUCCGGGGAGGUGGAAGCCUGCUGUUACUCGGAGGCUCAGGAGGAGCAAGCAUGUACUCCCGCAAGGACGGUUGACCUCAAAGGGAAUGACCAUGAUGAUGGUUUCUGUGAACAUGCUCAGAGUGAGAGUGAUUUUGAAGGAUUGGCCAGAUCUCUUUGUGACAAAGAAGAAGAGGAAGGGGAGGUUUCUGAAGGGGGCGAGUCUGAAACAGAGAAAUCGAGCACAGCUACGGUUAGCGAUGCGGAUAUGCCAGCAGGUUUUGUGAAAGUCUUUGACGAGGCCGAAUUUAUAGAAGUCUGUAGCCAGCCCUCUGCUGCUUCAAGCAAUGUUGAAAUAAACCAUGAAGAGUCUGAGAGUGAAUUCUCAGACUUGAACAGUGAAAGUAGUCGUAUUUCUGAAGACAGCAAAGAAGCUCCACUCAAUCCAUGCUAUGGUUGCGGUCAUGGUGAUGGUGAUAGCAGCUGUGGUGAUGCUCGAUCUCUUGCGAACGAUGAGGCUCAGUGUCAUCUUGAUGAUGUGGGCGAUUUCCAGCUUGUGGAUUUAUGGUCGUCGGAUAGUAGUAAUUGCCUAAGAGAAGGCCGUCAUGAUGUUGCCACCCAGCAAGAGAGAUCGUCGAAACAGGCAGAGGAGGAGGACGGUUUCCAUGUGACAGAUGAUGGUAGAUCACCACUGGAAGGUGUGCCCAUCAUGUCAUCGGCAACAUUGGAUGAGACGCCACAGACUUUCUCUAGUGGGGGAGAAGCUAGUAGCAAGCAAUGGAAGCAAUGGAAACAAUGCCUACAGCCCAAUACUCAGAGAGUACGAGCUGACCUUGUCAUGGUAGAGUUUGACGUGACGUUUCCCAGAUGUGCAGUCCGAUCACGAUCGCAAAAGAGCAGCUCCGGAGAGUUGAUGUGCUCUCCAGUGCCAUCUCCAAAUUAUGGUCAAUGUGGAGAUAAGGACACAAUGUGCAGCAAAGUGGAAUUUGAAACAGGAUUAAACAGCACAACAACAAAGCUAUCACCGCCCUCCACAGAUCGACUGAUGUUCCGUGGCGAUCAGCAUAGAGGAGGAUUGAAAGACCGCGAGCGGCAGAAGGAACCGGGGUAUGAGAGCUUCAGCGAUUUUCCUCAACCCGAUGGAUGUAGAAGUGACGUUGAAGAUGAAACAUCAAGGGAGUCCUCGAGAGAGUCCUGGCAGUGGGAGGAUGAGGAUGAGCAUGGAAGCAGGGAUGAGAAUGAAGACGGCUCUGCUCCUGCGAAUGGAGUUUUCUCAUUUGCUUCCACCACAGACUGUGGUACACACUCGGAAGGUUCAGAGGUGCUGGAUAUGAAAGCGAUGGAGUAUGACACCAAGCAGGGAAUGCAGGCACAGCUAGAACUGCCACCUCUCCAUCUUCAGUUCAGUGUUACCGAGAAUCCAUGGCGACACGAGGGUUCAUUCGUAGAGCCAUCUGGACUGUCUUUUGCCGCAGAUAGCGCAGCAACUUGUCAUACACAGUUGGCAUGGAGAGAAGAUGAUAAUGUUCACGGCAUGGGCAAUGCUCAGUCACCAUGGCUGGGCAAUGUGAAGGAAACGGAGACUCUUUGUGAUGAAUUGGUUGGCCGAAAAAAGGUGCCCACGGCAUGUGAGCAAGUGAUGAUCGGGUUAGAUGGAGUCUGGAGGAUGGUCAACGAAGAAGGGAGUACUAAACACCAACCAGAUACGAACACAGUGGGCAUGCCAACAGGUGAGGCUGCCGAUUCGUCUGUUUCAGUACCAGUGCCUCAUCAUGGGGGCCUUUCACAGGAUGCAAGACUUAAUGGGGAUGUAAGAGAGGUGGUAAGGCUGGGGGCUAAGGAGUGGAGAACAGAUCCUAUUACGAUGGACUUGAAGUCCACUGGCCGUAGUUGUCUCCGUCAUGACUCGGUUGAUGGGACAUCAUCUGCUUCCGGAUCCAUGGCAUCUUGGCCGUCAGCUGUGGUUGGAGGCUGCAGUGAAGUGGUUGGUCAAGCGGUAGCGAGUGUGAAUGAACAAAUCAAACGAGUUCUGAUAGGUGGUCAUGGCCUUCAGAGCGAGUUUCAGCCAGAAGGUUGUGGUAUACGGAUGAUGCAGUGGGGGAGGUGUGGAGAGGAGCAGUGGGGGAGGUGUGGAGAGGAUAUGAAUGCAAAUGAGCUUGCUAAUCCUUCAAGAUUUGACGAUGAUGCCAUCUGUGCUGGGAGUGCAGAUGGAAGUGUAGAAGGAUCUAUUUCGGUUGGGUGGAUGGUGACAGAGUCAGCAAAAGGAGACACACAUGUGACCGUUGAUGGUUCAGUAGCAGAAACUGUUACUGAAGGGCAUAUCUUGGGCAGAUAUCAGUCAGCCCUAGAACUGGGUGCUUUUGGGAGAGAAAUGGACAAUGACGAGGAGGAGGAGGAGGAGGAGGAGGAGGAGGAGGAAGAGGAGGAUGAGUGGGAUGAUGUAACAGGUGAAACAGAAAGUGAAGAAGCCUCAUUGCCAUCGUUCUGUGAGGAGGCGUCGAGGUCGUACAGCAGUAGUCAUUCUGGCGAGAUCCAGGGCUGUCCAGUUCUUCAGCAGAACUCUUCAUCACAUCCGAACUACGGGGAAACGGUGAUGCAUCACUACACAAACAAUGGUUAUAUAGGAGAGGACGAUGUCGAUGCUGAGAUUGUUGUUUGGAAACCUCCAGUGAGGUCAAGCUCGAGCGAUGGUGGGAAAUUAGCCUCUGCAGCAACUUCCUAUUCCAUCGAUUCAUAUGCGUACAGCAGGGACGGACGAGCCAUGCACACUGUGGAUGAGCAAGUGCAGAUGCAAUCGCUCUCAACAUUCUGUCCUCAGAAACCUGGCGCUGGUCAUGUGUGGCAUAUGGGCUGCAGGAGCCCUGUUCAGCCACAGCAGACUGACAGAGGAAAAAUGGGAGGCUCUCUGCAAAAUACAUUUCAGACUUCUCAGAGAGGGCAUGCUGCAGAUCUCCAUUUCUGGGUUCCUCCUCUAGCAUCUUCAGCAUGUGACCUGGAGCAGCAGGUUUGGGAUGUACCUGAAUUGCAAGAGGAUGUGGCAACAGGAAGCGGACAGCUGCAGAAGAGAGUUUGUGGCGGAAUUGAGCAACAGCCGGUGGACCCAUGUUCGGUGAAUAGUCCACAGUUGCUGAUGGAACAUAACGACCACAAUCAUUACGAUCAUCAUGAGGUGGGUCAAGUUCGAGUUCCAGAAGCAGUUGUUCCUGGGUAUGGUGGUGGCUGCAAUGAGGGAUGUAAUGGCUUUGUGACUGGCUGGAAAGAGGGAAAGAUGGUGAGGCUAAGUGGAAGGGAGAAAGCUGCAUAUUCAUACGGUAAUGUAGCAGCAUGCCUUGAAUGGACAGAAAAUGGAAGGGAGAAACUCCUCAGAGUGGAGGGUUGGCUGGGUAGAGAUGAAUCGGAAAAUGGUGAUGAUGAAUUACAAGUGGCACAGGCGAGUGGGACUCAUCAGUUUGUUGGUGUUGCAUUGGACGAUUCAGGAAUGUGCAGCCCUGCUAAUAAAGAGGAUCAUGUCAGAAGUCCAUGCCUGCUUGUUUCUGAGGGUAUUGGUAUUGUGGGCGGGCAUACGAAGAGGAAUCUUCUUAAUGAUGACCACAAUCAAGUUGAGCAUGAUGGCAAUGACAAUAAUGACAAUGAUGAUGGCAACAACAAUGUUGGUGAUGAUUUUGAUCACUACGGUUACGAUGGUGAUGAUGAUGUUGCGUAUAGAAUGUCUGCUAUGUCGUGGGCUUGUAUUUCUCAGGGUAAGUGCACCUGCAAUAAUGAUCCAAAUUGCAUUCAUAGCUGCAAAGAUGUGGACUCUGUUGCGUCUGCGGUCAGGUUUGCAGGAACCAGCAAUAGCAUAAUCGGGAUUGAAAGGGCUGCACCUGUACCUCUUAGUAGUGGUAUUGAGGUGAGAGAAGAAGUGAACGCACGUCUAAUGGCACGACCAGGGGGCGAUAGUUCUGGUGAGCAGACCACUGCUCUGGAGGAGUUGAGGUGUUUCCGGAUUGACACUGGGGACUGUGCACCUAUCAGGGAGGAAAUCUGCCCGUUACGGGAGGAGGAAGAGGAGCUCAUCCGUGAGUGGAUAAGAAAGAAUCUGACAUUGGAGAACGUCAGGCCAUCAUCCAGUCAAUGGGUCGCACCCGUCGUGAGAGCAUACCGCAAUAGUCAGGGGUUGGCUGAGGUAUUGAUAGAUUACAAGCGACUGAAUACUGUGUUGAAAAGCAGGUGGAAUGGUCACGGGCUUGGAUGUAUGCCUGGUUAUGUGUGUACUCAAAGUGAAGAUGGUGGAACUGGCAGAGCUGUGGGGAUGAAGAGCUACGCAUCAAGGAAUAUGUCAUGCCAUUUGCCUCAUGCCAUUGAUGUAGUUCGGGGUGUCCAAGCAGAUGCCUCCUGGUUCUCAACCAUGCGUGUGAAGGGUGGAGGAGAUGGAGACCUGCAUCUUGCUGACGAGGACAGGGAGAAAACAGCAUUCCUUACCAAGGACGGGACUUUCGAAUGGUUGGCUGUGCCAAAGUGGGUGCAUGGCGUGGCAUAUGCUUGGCAGCGUCUGGUGGAAGGCGCUCUACGUGGGCUGCUGGGAAGGUGUGUGGUUGCACACUCAGGGAACUUGUUGGUUUUCUCCAAGAACAAGGAAGAGCAUGAACGAGAUGUUGCAGCAGUUGUUCAGCAGCUGAGAGACGCACGCUUACAAGUUGUCAUUGACAAGGGUGGCCGUAAUCGGAGGGAGGUGACGUAUCUGGGGUACCUGAUUGAUGGGUCCGGGCGGCUUCGUCCCAGUGCCAACAAGGUGAAUGCAGUGGGAGGGGUGGCCGUUCCUACAACAGUGCAAGGACUCAGAGCGUUCUUAGACCGUGUGGGCGACUUGAGGCAAUUCAUCCGGCGCUUUGCACAUAUUGCAGCUCCUCUGCGAGGGCUCGUCCAGAGUAGAUUGCCUCCGGCUGGGUGGACCCCGCAGUGCCGCAUCGCAUUCGGAGAGCUGAAGGCACGGGCAAGACAUGCUCUUGAAGAGAAGCGUGCACUCUAUAGGCCAGAUUUCGCCCUUCCUUUCCUGUUAAGAACAGAGCUGCGAGCCGAGGGCCUUGGAGCUACCCUUGUCCAGCUCGUCAUGCGUCCACUGAAGUCUUGUCUGCUUGAUUCCACAUAUUCUUCGUAUGAGUUGACCCCUGGCAACUGUCACCCUGCUGCUGCCUCUUCUUCAAGUGCUAGACAGCUCCUGGAUGGCACGCCCUCACCUCCCACUUCGUUUGCAAGCUCCAUAUCUACAUCUGUUUCAAGUUCCACCUCAUCUUUCACUUCCUCUUGCAGUUCCAGUUGUAUGUCGGAAGUUGAUCUACAACGCGAGGAUGUGGUUGAUGCAGCUGCCACAACCACUGCAGCCUCUAUGGCACCAGUUCAACAAGAGGAGCUAGUGGUAGGCUAUGCGAGUAGGGUGUUGACACGGGCAGAGGCAAGGUACACAAGUGUGGAGAAGGAGUGUUGGGCAGCCUUAUGGAGUGUACGGCAGUUCCAUCACUUAGUGUCUGGAAGGAAGUUCUUCCUGGAAGCCGACCGCUUGACCCUGCUUUCUGCCAUGCAAGGGGAUCAGAAUCCUACGGUACAUAUAAGUCGCAGGGUGGCAAGGUGGGUGCAAGAACUUUGGCAGUACGACUUUUUGGUCUGUGACAGGGAAAUUGCAGCUGCAGGAGCAUGCUCAGGCUCAGGCACAGGAACACCUGCAAUUAUUGAUCUCGGGUCCAUGUUCAUGGCAAAUGCAAGUGGUCAGCAGGCGCAGGGUGACAAUAGUGCUCAGCGGGCAGCCGUAAGUGCAAGCCGUUUGCCUGUCGGGGACAUCGGCACAGAGACUGGAAUUGGGGCUGGGAAUUGAACUAUGGGACAUUUGUGCCAGGCAGGUGGCAAUCCUAGCUGUUGCACAGCUUGCACUGCAUCAUGCAUGCAAACCCAAGGGCCCAGUCCUGUUCUUGAAGGAGAUCCCCUGUCAGAAGGGUAUGUGACACUAUAUGUCUUCCACAGGUGCAGGUCCUUCCAGCUGUGUUGUCGAACCAUAUUGAGCACACUGACUCUGUAAGCUGUCACUCAUUGUUUAUUCAUCCCUUUCUUUCCCUCCAUGAUGCAAUGACAACAAUGCUGCUGCUGCUGAUGAUAAUGAUGGUGGUGAGGACGGUGAGGAUGGUGAUGAUGGUAACAAUGAUGGUGAUAUGAUAUUGAUGACAGCGGUGAUGACGAUGGUGAUGAUGAUGACAAUGAUGACAAUCACGAUGACCAUGACGAUGACGAUGAUGAUGACGAUGACGAUGGCAACAACGAGGAUGAGGGGGAUGAGCAGUGUGAGGAGGGGGAGCAGAAGGGGGAGGAGGAGUUAUGCUGACAAACGACCUCUGGUUUGGUUCGGUAACCUGAUCUGGUUAUGAUCCUUGCGUUAGCUGUCGGAUAGACUGGUACUGGUUUGUGGAAGGAGCCUCUGCACACUCAACAUCAUCAUGCUGACAACGGUCUACCCUGCUGGUGGCAAGUGUUGAGAGUUGAAUUCUAACAGAGCAAGCCUUUGGAAUAUCCAUACUAUCAUCAUUCCAUUCAUCACCCUGACUACAGGCUUCUCUGCGCACAGCAAGAAGCAUUGGUUGCUCAGUUUGGAGAAGUGGCUGUGGUCAGGGUUUGUAUUAAACAUGCUAUCCUUGUAUCUUGCUUGCCCUUGACAAGGGUCAAUGGAUGCAGUGCAGAUGCAUGACCAUUUCAAGA